AUGAACGGAAUCUUGAAAAUUUCUUUCAUUAUUGAUUUUUCCCGAAGAAAAGGGUCAGUUUUUUUUCAAUAUUCUUCAAAAAUUAUAACUCGAAACGCUGAAGUUUGUCGUGGAUGUGGCAAAUCAUGCCAAAGGGAUCCAGCCACCUCCACCUCCUUCAUAAAUCGACUCAAUCCAAUAUGUGUUGAACGUCAACAAAAUGUUCAUGAACGUCAAGAAACACUGUUGAGCUCCGAGCAAAAAUCAACUGGACAGAGAGAAUCGGAAAAGGAAAAGGACUGCUGGACAAUAAAAAUGUAUUGA